CACAGAGAUCUAGACACACUGCUCUCAGCUCGCAAUGCCCCAAUGACCUGGUCGGACCAUGCCCCAGUUAUACUUACCAUCGAAAACCCCAGGCCCUUCCGAUCACAACGGACAUGGAAACUUAAUGAAUCACUCUUAGAGGACCCGCUGAUACAAACAGAAAUACAAAACACCCUAGACCACUUCUUCCUCACCAACAAGACAACAGACAGUGCACCAACGACUGUCUGGGAAGCGCAUAAAUGUGUUAUUCGAGGGAUUCUCAUCAAACACGGUACCGGCCUGAAAAAACAGCGAGCACAAGAAAUUGCACACCUCUCCACUCAACUGGCUCAUCUGGAAAUGCUCCACAAACAAGACCUCCGUGAUGAAACCUACAAACAACUCCUAGAGGCCAGAGCGAAACUCAAGUCCUGCUUAAAGUCAAAAAUACAAAAUACAUACAACAUCCUAUGA